CCUAAUGGGUUUUCUCUCCUCCUUCACAUGAGCAAGAGGAAGAAGAAAUCCGAGCAGCGCGAGGCAAUGGAUGCGUCCUCUUCGAUCGCGAGGCAGAGCUGGGAGCUGGAGAACAACAUCGUCCCCAUGGAGCACGCCGCGUCCGGGUCUUCGUCGCCUUCGCGCCUAGGUACGUCCUCUUCGGCCCCGGCGGCCGCAGCGGUGGAUAGCUGCGAUAGCAUCUACGCCUACGACGAGGCGGCGCAGAGCGCGAUCCAGCAGCAAAAGCCCUGGACUCGCGAUCCUCACUACUUCAAGAACGUCAAGAUCUCGGCCCUGGCGCUGCUCAAGAUGGUUGUCCACGCCAGGUCUGGAGGUACCUUAGAGGUGAUGGGAAUCAUGCAAGGCAAGAUCGAGGGUGAUACUUUCAUCGUCAUGGACGCCUUUGCUCUUCCCGUGGAGGGAACCGAGACGAGGGUGAAUGCCCAGGCCGAUGCUUACGAGUACAUGGUGGAUUACGUACAGACCAACAAGCAGAUUGGGAGACUGGAGAAUGUUGUUGGCUGGUACCACUCGCAUCCUGGCUAUGGCUGCUGGCUCUCUGGCAUUGAUGUCACCACGCAAGUUCUCAACCAGCAGUACCAGGAGCCGUUCCUGGCUGUUGUCAUCGAUCCCACAAGGACUGUCUCGGCUGGUAAAGUGGAGAUUGGUGCGUUUAGGACUUAUCCUCAGGGAUACAAGCCUCCGGACGAGCCGGCGUCCGAGUACCAGACCAUUCCUCUGAACAAGAUCGAGGAUUUCGGCGUCCACUGCAAACAGUACUACCCUCUGGACAUCACGUAUUUCAAGUCUUCAUUGGACUCACACUUGCUGGACUUGCUGUGGAACAAAUACUGGCUGAACACUCUCUCUUCGUCGCCACUUUUGGGCAGUCGAGACUAUGUGGCCGGACAGAUCUCUGACCUUGCGGAGAAGCUAGAGCAGACUGAAACGCAACUGGCUCACUCUGGUCGAAUGGGAGGCUUUUUCAUGCCUUCACAGAAAAAGAAAGAGGUGAGUUUGUUCGUCGAGACUAAGAAGAGACUAGAAUCGACAAUCUAUGUGUGCUUUUACCAGGAGGAAUCCCAGCUCGCCAAGAUCACCAAGGACAGCUCGAAGAUCACCGUCGAGCAAGUUCACGGGUUGAUGUCUCAGGUGAUCAAGGACAUCUUGUUUAACUCGGUGACACCAGUGGCGACGGCGCCAUCGUUCGACUCGUCUGGCCCGGAGCCAAUGGCCGAAGCUUGAUCCAUAUCGCUUGCUCUUUUUUUGAAUUUUCGAAUAUGCCAAAAAUAUCCUUAUAGUC